AGAGGUGGAAAAACAGCGGCGGCCUUAAAGCUGCCUGGAAUUUGACCCCCUAGUAGGAAAAACGCUGCACGAUAUUUGUCUUUCAUAGGUACCUGCCAUUUCGCAUUGGCAGGAACCGGGUGCCUCUCGAAUCCGCCGGCACGGGAAAAAGGGGGGAGAAAAAUAAAUUAAGAUAUAUAUGUAGAGAGAGAAGGGACAUAAGCGUGGCCAGCACCCGAGGAUGGAUCACGCAAAAUUUGUAAACUGGUGUAAAUAAGCCCCGCAAGGCGGCGAAGGCAGCCACAAAGCAGAGCGCGCCCUGCAAGCCGAGCUUUCCGCUGGCCGCGGCGGAGGAGCUGGCCUUGCCGACCCCGCCGCCCCUCCGCCGCUGCCGGCUGCGGCGUGCCCCGCUCCGCGCCGCCGUCGGGGGCCGUCACCCCGGGCCGACCCUGCGGAGCCGCCGCCAUCUCCCUCGCCGCCAGCGGGUGGCGCUGGAGGCCGGCGGACGGGCGGGCGGUGGCGGCGGCGGCGCGCAGCGGCGGCGCGCACGGGGCCGCCCGCGCCCUCCCAACUCCCCCACCAGUGCACGAGUUUACCUCUAGAGGUCAUCAGGCAGGAUUUACGACUGGACAACAAAAGCACGUGAUGUGGAGCCGUACCCCAUAUUUGGGUGCCUACGUAGGAGGGAACCAAGUACAUGUCCCAGUCAUUUCCAUAAUUCAUCAUAAAUUGUGCAAGGGUGCUAUAGACGCACAAAACGACCAAGAGCCACAAAUCAAGCACACAUAUCAAAAAACAAAUGAGCUCUUAUUUUGUAAACUCAUUUUGCGGUCGCUAUCCAAAUGGCCCGGACUACCCGUUACAUAAUUAUGGAGAUCACAGCUCGGUGAGCGAGCAAUACAGGGACUCCGGCAGCAUGCACUCCGGCAGGUACGGAUACGGCUACAAUGGCAUGGACCUCAGCGUCGGGCGCUCUGCUUCCACCCACUUUGGUGCCAGUGAGAGACCCCGCAGUUACCCGGCCAACACCACCUCUGCCUCGACAGAGCCCAGGUACAACCAGCCCGCGACGGCUUCCCACUCGCCUCCCCCCGACCCUCUGCCCUGCACCGCCGUGGCCGGUUCGCCUGUCACCAGCGAGAGUCACCACGGGGUGAAAAACUCCCUCGCCAACUCCACCAGCACUUCGUCCAAUUCCAGCAGCAACACGCACAUCAGCAGGGACGGGGUUGGCACCUCAUCCGGGACUGAGGAAGACACUCCAGCAAGCAGCGAGCAGGCAAGUGCCCCGACCGACCAAAGCACAGCCCAGCCUUCACAGCCCCAGAUCUACCCCUGGAUGCGAAAACUGCACAUAAGUCAUGACAACAUAGGGGGACCAGAAGGGAAAAGGGCUCGGACUGCUUACACCCGCUAUCAGACCUUGGAGCUGGAAAAGGAAUUUCACUUCAAUAGAUACCUGACCCGCAGAAGAAGGAUUGAAAUAGCACAUGCUCUUUGCCUCUCAGAGAGACAAAUAAAGAUCUGGUUCCAAAACAGGAGAAUGAAAUGGAAAAAGGAUAAUAAGCUGAAAAGUAUGAGCAUGGCAGCUGCAGGAGGGGCAUUCCGUCCCUGAGCGUUUGAUCAAUUAAAAGUACUGAGCAGUAUUAGCUGACCCUGCGUCUCAUGUCAGUACUAAGUUGACUUUCUAAAACUUCCUUGUGUUACUUCUGUGAAGAAACCCUGUUCUUGUCACCCUUAUUCAUCUUUUAAUCAUGAGCCUGUUUAUUACCAUUCUCUCGCGUGUAUAAGUAGAUCUGCUUUUAUCGUACAUUUCUUUGUCUUGAAUGGCUUUGUCUUGAAAAAAUAAUAGAUGUUUUAACUUAUUUAUAUGAAGCGAGCUGUGUUACUUGAAGUAACUGUUAAAACAAAACUAAACUAAACAGAAAAAAAAAAAGACGACAAAAAAAAAAAGGAACGGAAAAAAAAGGAGAGAGAGAAAGAAACCCUCCCCCGGUUUAGUACAAAUGUUAUGUGUUGCACUCAACCUGCUUAACUGUGCAUGUGUGGUCAAGUGUUAAUGUCUGUAUAGCUCCAAGCUGUUAAAAAUAUUUUUAUUCAAACUACCUAUAUAAUUCCUGUGUAAUUAAUGCUGUUGUAGAGGUGAAAUAAUGAAAUCAACUGAACUUGUCUUACGUGUAGUGAAUAGUGAAUCUGUGACGAAAACUGUGAUUCCAAGCAGUAUGUCCUUGCUGUGCCUUUGUAUAUGACUCUUUGCACGAACUCUUAGAAGUGGCUCUUAUUAAGCGCAGCUUCUGUGAUGUAUGUUUUUUGUGAACAAAGUUACAAAUAUAGUCAAAGUCUGGCUGUUUGAGCAAA